UCAAGUAGUUAAUAGCUUUGCAACAUUUUUUACUUUCAUGAAGAAAUGUUUCAGUUGGGAUUGAAGUGCAAAUAAGAUUGGGUACUGACAGUCUUCUGUUAAUACACAAAUGUUAUCUGCCUUCUCUUAGUGGCUGAUACUAGGCUUGAAAUGGAUUGGCAUGUGUUAAGCCUCCUUUUAGCUUUAAACAGCCUCAGCACAAGUUACUCAUCUUCCCCAGACCUCUGCUACUGGAUAGAAGAUGGAAACUCAUGGGUUAAUGGUCAGAAAGCAUCCCUCAAAGUCCAACUAGAUAAAGAUUACACAAGCUGGGAAUUACGUUACGAAUUUUCAGAAGAAAUUGUCAAUUUGGAAUCUUGGAAAGGAGACGUGAACUCCAUCAAUCAAUCAGUUUACACAAUUUCAUCCAGAUGUUAUAAUGGAAAACUUGUUGCUUGUCAAGUUUUGUCCCUGGGAUACAUUAUUCGGCAUUUUCCAGAACAAGAGCCAGUCUUUACUUUAUUCCUCAAUAAUGUUACUGUUCCUCAAUGUGAUACUUCUUCUUCUACCCCUUAUGCCACAACAGUCCAAAAUUGUCCUUACACUUCUGACCCAGAGUAUAUACUAGCCUGUCAACUUUAUGGGGAACUUGAAAGUAUAAAGACAGCUGAAAAUUCGAGUUCUUCAACUCAAUCAUCCCAAACAUCCUCAACCCAAGCAGUUGAAUGUUUAUACCUAAGCAACCCAACAAGUAGUAACUUAUUGUGUGAGCUUUGGUGUCAACUCCAAUCAUUCCAGAGUAAAAGAUGUUCCACUAUAUCUACAACACAGAUAUCAACCCAAAGGGAAGAAUGCCCCUACGAUCUAUUUACCAAUAGUGAAAUCCUCUGUGAUUUGUGGACUCAAAUACAAGAAGCAGAGAGCUCUCAAACAACUUUACAAAGUUCUGUUGGAAGCACUCUCAGUGGUCAAACAUCAACAGAAGCUGUAGGUGUGCCUUACAUAAGCUGUCCUUUUAGGAACAUAACAGAUGGGUAUCUUGCAUGCAGUCUUUGGUGUGAUUUAGGGGAAAUGGUAAAUGGAACAGUUUGUACUGAGGAGCCUGAGUGUCCUUAUGAAAACUACACAAGUCCACACAACAAAGAGUUGUGCUUACUUUGGUCUGAAAAUGUAGAUUUAAAAAAUCAAAUUUUUGGAACAGGUUCAAGUCAAUCCACUCUGACUGGAGAAUUUACACCUCUUUUUAAUGAGAGUAACAAUUUUGUAACAUGUCCAUAUGUGGAUUCAGUUUAUGAAUCAGAAUAUUGUGUGCUUUGGUGCGAAAAUGAAAACAUGAAAUUUGGAUCUGAAUGUGCUGAUUCUUCAACAACAGCGUUGACCACUCCCCUUCAAUGUCCAUAUACAACAUAUACAAACAAUGACAUACUUUGUGAACUAUGGAACGGAAUACAAGAGGCUAAAACUACUUUAUCUUCUCUUGAUCCCGCAGGAAGUACACUGAGUGGGCAAACCUCUACUACAACUGGAAAUAAUGAAGUGCCCUACAUAAACUGCCCUUAUGCCAAUCUGGCUGAUGGAAUUCUAGCCUGCAGCUUAUGGUGCGAGUUUGGAGAGUUGGUAAAUAAAACAACAUGCAUUGGCAAACCAAUAUGUCCUUAUGAGAAUUACACAAGUCCACAUAAUGAAGAACUAUGUCAACUUUGGACAGAAAAUAUUGAUCUUACAAGUCAGCUCUAUGGAACAGGAUCAACCCAGACAACACCUAAUGGACAGUUCACACCACUUUUCAGUGAUGGCAAUAGUUUAGUUACAUGUCCAUACAUGGGCUCAGUUUAUGAAUCUGAGUAUUGCAAGCUGUGGUGUUCAAAUGAAAAUAUGAAGUUUGGAUCCCAAUGUUUAGAUGCUUAUUCAACAAUAAGAUCUACAUAUGCAUCUUCAGCAGCAGCUUCUACAACUAGAUCAACUGCUGGUUCUUCAGGAGCAUCUUCAAUGAAUGGAUCAACAGAUGAUUCUUCAACAACAGCUUCUACAGCUGGAUCAACAAGUUCAUCUUCACAAGCAGCUUCUACUGUAGGAUUAACUGCUGCUUCUUCAGGAGCAGCUUCUAAUGAUGAAUCAACUGAUGCUUUUUCAACAUUAACUUCUACUGAUGGACCUACCGAUGCAUCUUCGACAGCAGCUUUCACAGUUGUAUCAACUGCUGCUUCCUUAGGAGCAGUUUCUAAGAAUGGAUCAACUAAAGGUUCUUCAACAGCAGCUUUUACAGAAGGAUCAACUGCUGGUUCUUCACAAAUAGCUUAUACACCUGGAUCAACUAGUGCAUCUUCAACAGCAGCUUCUACAGAUGGAUCAACUGCUGCUUCUUUAGAAACAGCUUCUUCAGCUGGAUCAACUGGUGCUUCUUCACCAGUAGCUCCUACUGAUGGAUCAACUGCUGCCACUUCAGAAGUAGUUUCAAUGGAUGGAUCAACUGAUGCAUCUUCAAAAGCAGUUUCAACAGCUGGAUCAGCUAAUGCUUCUUCAACAUCAACUUCUAUUAAUGGACCAAUUGAUGCAUUUUCAACAGCAGCUUCUACAGCUGGAUCAGCUGCUGCCUCUUCAGAUUCAGCUUCUACGAAUGGAUCAACUGAUGCUUCUUUAACUGCAGCUUUUACAAAUGAAUCAACUGUUGCUUCUCCAGGAGCAGCUUCAACAAAUGGAUCAACUGUUGCUUCUUCAACAGAAACUUCUAGUGAUGGGCCUACUGAUGUAUCUUUGACACCAGCUUCUACAGCUGGAUCAAAAGGUACUUCUUUAGGAUUAGAGUCUACAAAUGGAUCAACUGCUGCUUCUUCAAGACCACCUUCUAUGAAUGGAUCUACUGAUGCUGCUUUAACAGAAGCUUCUACAGCAGGAUCAACAGUUGCAUCUUCACCAGCAGCUUCUACAGAUGGAUUAACUGCUGCCUCUUUAGAAGCAACUUCAACAAACAAAUCAACUGAUUCUUCUCCAAUUCCAGCUUCUACAGAUGAAUCAACUUCUGCUUAUUCACCAACAGCUUUUACAGCUGGAUCAACUGGUGCAUCUUCACCAGUAGCUUCUACUGAUGGAUCAACUGUUGCCUCUUCAGAAGUAGCUUCAAUGGAUGGAUCAACUGAUGCUUCUUCAACAGCAUCUUCUACUUUUGGACCAACUGAUGCAUCUUCAACAGCAAUUUCAUCAGCUGGAUCAACUGCUUCUUUUUCAGGAGUACCUUCCAUAGAUGGAUCAAUUGAUGCUUCUUCAACAGCAGCAUCUACUGAUGUAUCAACUGAUUCAUUUUCAACAGUAGCUUCUGCAGCUGGAUCUACUACUGCUACUUCAGGAGCAGCUUUUACAGAUGGAUCAACUAAUACUUCUUUAUCAGCAAAAUCUACUGAUGGACCAAAUAAUGCAUUUUCAACAGCAGCUUCUACAGCUGGAUCAUCUUUUGCUUCUUCAGGAGAAGCUUCUACGAAUGGAUCAACUGAUGCUUCAUUAACAGAAGCUUCGACAGAUGAAACAACUGCUGCUCCUUCAGGAGCAUCUCCUACAAAUGGAUCAACUGUUGCUUCUUCAACAGCAACUUCUACUAUUGGACCAAGUGCAGAUUCUUCAGGAGCACCCUCUUUGGAUGUAUAUACUGAUGCUUUUUCAACAGCAGCUUCUACAGCUGGGUCAACUGUUGCCAAAUCACCAGAACCUUCUACAGAUGGAUCAACUGCUGCUUCUUCAGCAGGACCUUCUAUGGAUGGAUCAACUGAUGCUUCUUCAACAGCAGCUUUUUCAGCUGGAUCAACUGUAGCGUCUUUGCCAGCAGCUUCUAUGGAUGGAUCAACUGCCGCCUCUUCAGAAGCAGCUUCAACAAAUGGAUCAUCUGAUUCUUCUUCAACAGCAGCUUCUACAGAUGAAUCAACUGCUGCUUCUUUAGGAGCACCAUCUAUGGAUGGAUCAACUGGUGAAUCUUCACCAGUAACUUCUACUGAUGGAUCAACUGCUGCUUCUUCAAAAGUAGCUUCAAUGGAUGAAUCAACUGAUGCUUCUUCAACAAUAUUUUCAACAGCUGGAUCAUCUGCUGUUUCUUCAGGAGCAACAUCUACAGAUGGAUCAAAUGCUGCUACUUUACUAACAUCAUCUACAGCUGGAUCAACUGGUGCAUCUUCACCAGCAAAUUCUACAGAUGGAUCAAAUUCUGCUUCUUCAGGAGCAGCUUCUACAAAUGGAUCAACUGGUGCUUCUUCUGGAGCAUCAUCAACAAUUAAUGCUUCUUCAACAGUAACUUCUACUGAUGGACUAACUGAUGCAUCUUCAACAGCAGCUUUUACAGCAGGAUCAACUGCUACUUCUUCAGGAGCACCUUUAACUGAUGGUUCAUCUGAUGCUUCCUCAAAAUUAGCUUCUACAGCUGGAUCAACUGCUGCUUCUUCAGGAGCACCUUAUACGAAUGGAUCAACUAAUGUUUCUUUAACCACCACUUCUACUGAUGGACCAACUGCUGCAUCAUUAACAGCAGCUUCUACAACUGGAUCAACUGCUGUUUCUGCAGGAGCAGCUUCUACAAAUGGAUCAACUGAUGCUUCUUCAGUAGCAGCUUCUACAGAUGGAUUAACUGCUGCUUCUUCACUUUUAUCUUCUACAGCUGUAUCAAAUAAUGCAUCUUCAGGAGCAGCUCCUACAGAUGGAUCAACUGCGGCUUUUCCACAGACAGCUUCUACAGAUAAAUCAAUUGAGGCUUCUUCAACAGCAUUUUCUACUGAUGGACCAAUUAAUGCAUCUUCAACAGCAGCUUCUACAGCUAAAUCAACUGCUGCUUCUUCAGGAGCAGCUUCUACAAAUGAAUCAACUGCUUCUUCUUUGACAACAGCUUCUAUAGAUGGAUCAUCUGUUGCUUCUACAGUAACAGCUUCUACAGUUGGAUCAACUGUUGCAUCUUCACCAGUAGCUUCUUCUGACAUAUCAACUGAUGAUUCUUCAACAGCAGCUUCUACAGAUGGAUCAACUGAUGCUUCUUCAUCAGUCACUUCUGACAACGGACCAACUGAGGCAUCUUUGACAGCUGCUGCUACAUCUGGAUCUACUGAUGCAUCUUCAACAGCAGCUUCUGCAGCCAAAUCAACUGCUGCUUCUUCAGGAGCAGCUUUUACAAAUGAAUCAACUGCUUCUUCUUUGACAACAGCUUCUAUACAUGGAUCAUCUGUUGCUUCUACAGUAGCAGCUUCUACAGCUGGAUCAACUGUUGCAUCUUCACCAGUAGCUUCUACUGACAGAUCAACUGAUGAUUCUUCAACAGCAGCUUCUACAGAUGGAUUAACUGCUGCUUCUCAACAAACAGCUUCUACUGCUGAAUCAACUGGUGUAUCUUCACCAGCAGCUUCUACAGAUGGAUCAACUGAUGCUUCUUCAUCAGUCACUUUUAACAACGGACCAACUGAGGCAUCUUUUACAGCUGCUGCUACAUCUGGAUCUACUGAUGCUUUUUCAGGAGCAGCUUCAUCAGAUGGAUCAACUGAUGCUUUAACAUCAGCAGCUUCUAUGGAUGGAUUAACUGCAUCUUCUUCAGUUUUAGUUUCAACAGUUGAAUCAAGUGGUGCAUCUUCAGCAGCAGCUUCUACAGACCAAUCAACUGAUGCUUCUUCAACAGCAGCUUCUACAUAUGGAUCAACUGCUUCUUUUUCACCAACAGCAUCUACUGUUGAAUCAACUGGUAUAUCUUCACCAUCAGCUUCUACAGAUGGAUCAACUGUUGAUUCUUUAGGAGCAACUUCUACAGCUGGAUCGACUGGUGCUUCUUCAGGAGCAGCUUCUACAGAUGGAUCAACUAAUGCUUCUACAACAGCAACUUCUAUUAAUGGAACAACUGAUGCAUCUUUGACAACAGCUUCUACAGUUGGAUCAACUACUGCUUCUUCAGGAGCCCCUUCUAUGAAUGAAUCUACUGAGGCUUCUUCAACAGCAGCUUCUACAGCUAAAUCAACUGGUGCAUCUUCACCAGCAGCUUCUACAGAUGGAUCAAAUGCUGCUUCUUCAGGGACAGCUUCUACAGAUGGAUCCUUUGAGGCUUCUUCUACAGCCACUUCUACUGAUGGACCAACUAAUGCAUAUUAUACAGCUGCUUCUAUUGCUGGAUCAACUACUGCCUCUACAGGAGCAGCUUCUAUUGAUGGAUCUACUGAUUCUUCUUCAAAAGCAGCUUCUACAAAUGAAUCAAAUGGUGGAUCUUCACCAACAGCUUCUACAUAUGGAUCAACAGAUGCAUCUUUGACAGGAGCUUUCACAGAUGGACCAACUGCUUUUACUUCUGAAGCAGCUUCUAUGGAUGGAUCAAGUGCUGCUUCUUUGACAGCAGCUUCUACAGUUGGGUCAACUGCUGCUUCUUCAGUAACAGCUUUUACAGCUGGAUCAAUUGGUGUAUCUUCACCAGCAGCUUCUACAGAUGGAUCACCUGCUGCUUCUUCAGGAGGAGUGUCAACAGAGGGAUCAACUUAUGCUUCUUUAACAGUAACUUCUACUGAUGGACCAACUGAUGCAUCUUCAACAGGACCUUUCACAGUUGGGUCUGCUGCUUAUUCUUCAGGAGCAAUUUCUAUGAAUGGAUCAACUGAUACUUCUUUAACUGCAACUUCUACAGAUGUAUCAAUUGCAGCUUCUUCACUAACUUAUUCUACAGAUGAAUCAACUGUGUCUUUUUCAGGAGCAGCUUCUCCAGAUGGAUCAACUGAUGCUUUUUCAGGAGCAGCUACUAAAGAUGGAUCAACUGCUGCUUCUUUUCCAGCAGCUUCUACAGUUAGGUCAACUGCUGCUUCUUCUGGAGCAGCUUUAACAGAUGGACCAACUGCUGCUUCUUUAGGAGCAGCCUCUACAGAUGGAUCUUCUGAAGCUUUUUCACUAACUGCUUCUACAGAUGGAUCAACUGCUAUUUUUUCAAAAGCAGCUACUACAGCUGGAUCAACUGCUGCUUUUUCACAAACAGCUUCUACAGCUGGAUCAACUGGAUCAUCUGAUUCUUCAGUAACAAGUUCUACAGAUGGGUCAACUGAUGCUUCUACUGUAACUUCUACUAAUGGACAAACUGAUGCAUCUUCAACAGCAGCUUCUCCAGCUGGCUCAACUGCUACUUCUUCAGGAAUACCUUCUACGGAGGGAUCAACUUCUGCCUCUUCACCUACAGCUUCAACUGCUGGAUCAACUAUUUCAUCUUCAGGAGCAGCUUCUGCAGAUGGAUCAACUGCUAUUUCUUCAGUAGCAGCUUCUACAGAUGGGUCAACUGAUGCUUUUUCUACUGCAUCUUCUACUGAUGGACAAACUUAUACAUCUUCAACAGCAGCUUCUACAGCUGGAUCAACUGCUGCUUCUUCAGAAGUACCUUCCAUGGAUGGAUCAACUGAUGCAUCUUCACCUGCAGCUUCCACAGCUGGAUCAACUGGUGCAUCUUCACCUGCAGCUUCAUCAGAUGGAAUAACUACUCAUUCUUCGACAGCAGCGUCUACAGAUGGAUCAACUGUUGAUUCUUCAGGAGCAGCUUCAGCUGAUGGAUCAACUGAUGCUUCUUCAACAGUAACUUCUACUGAUGGACCAACUAAUGCUUCUUUGACAGCAGCUUCUAAAGCUGCAUCAACUGCUGCUUCUCCAGAAGAAGCUUCUACGGAGGGAUCAACUUCUGCCUCUUCACCUACAGCUUCAACUGUUGGAUCAACUAUUUCAUCUUCAGUAGCAUCUUCUGCAGAUGGAUCAACUGCUGAUUCUUCAGUAACAACUUUUACAGAUGGGUCAACUGAUUCUUCUACUGCAACUUCUACUAAUGGACAAACUGAUGCAUCUUCAACAGCAGCUUCUCCAGCUGGGUCAACUGCUACUUCUUCAGGGGUACCUUCUAUGGAUGGAUCAACUGAUGCAUCUUCACCUGCAUCUUCCACAGAUGGAUCAACUGGGGCAUCUUCACCUGCAGCUUCAACCGAUGGAAUAACUACUCAUUCUUCAGCAGCAGCUUCUACAGAUGGAUCAACUGUUGAUUUUUCAGGAGCAGCUUCAGCUGAUGGAUCAACUGAUGCUUCUUCAACAGUAACUUCUACUGAUGGACCAACUAAUGCUUCUUUGACAGCAGCUUCUAAAGUUGCAUCAACUGCUGCUUCUCCAACAGCUUCAACUGCUGGAUCAACUAUUUCAUCUUCAGGAGCAGCUUCUGCAGAUGGAUCAACUGCUAAUUCUUCAGUAGCAGCUUCUACAGAUGGGUCAACUGAUGCUUUUUCUACAGCAUCUUCUACUGACGGACAAACUUAUACAUCUUCGACAGCAGCUUCUACAGCUGGAUCAACUGCUGCUUCUUCAGGAGUACCUUCUAUGGAUGGAUUAACUGAUGCUUCUUCAACAGCAGCUUCUACAGCUGGAUCAAUUGGUUCUCCUUCACCAGCAGCUUCUACAGAUGGAUCAACUGAUGCUCCUUCACCAGUAGCUUCUACAGAUGGAUCAACUGAUGCUACUUUAACAAGCUUUACAACUACAACUACAACUACAACUACAACUACAACUACAACUACAACUACAACUACAACUACAACAACAACUACAACAACAAUAACUACAAGAACAACUACAAGAACAACUACAGCAACAACUACAACAACAACAACAACAACUACCCUGUCUACAGCCAUGUGUGAUAGUGAAACAGAUUGUCAAGCUAAUGCUGGAUGCUUUUUAGAUGAAGUGGAAUUUUUAGCAACAGGAGCUGUAAUCACAUUCUGCUACUGCUACCUUGGGUACUUUGCUCAGACAGGAGUAAACCCUGUUGAUGACAUAUUUCCCAAGACUGGGACCUGUAUGGAUCUAAAAGCGGGGGACGCAUGUCAGUACCCAGAUGCAUGUCUCACUAAUGAAGAUCAAUGGGGAGUUUGUCCUUACUGCAGGACUUUCAAGCACUCUUCAGCUUUUGGGGGAGAGCUUUCUACUGGGACAUACGUUAGUGGCUUAGGCACAUUUCCUAAUGAUCCCAUGGUAUAUGAGGGGGGUUCAAGCAUUAAUUGUGGGAAUGGAGCCCCCAGAUCCAGUGAGGUAUUCUGGUACUGUUGGUAUGAUACUGGUACCACAGAUAUUGUUCCUCUUAAUACACUUGAUAUGUUCUGGGUGGAAGACCCCCUGUGUCAUUAUAUUGGAUACGUGUAUACACCCCUGGCCUGUGACUGGGCUAAACCAGCUCUAUAAGGAGGCGAAAUGAAUAGCGAAA